AAACACACAGACCCUGAAACGAGUAGGGAGAGAUCGGUAUGUGCUUUAUUUUUUGAGCGCUUUGAGCUGAGCGGAACUUGUAGGUACAGCCCAGUGGCGCUUCACUCCUCCUCACCCCCCUCUCCUUUCCCCACCGUCUCAGGCACCAAAAUCCAGUUCCUGUAGAGAAAGGGGGUCUUGGACUUGAGCAAAACACCCCCGGACCCACCUAGCAGCUCUGAGCAGCAGCAGCUAGCCUUCGAGGUGGUCAAGCUGCCCCUCAGCCUGCAGCCUCCCGGCCGGGCUAUGCGCUGCAAAAAGGCUCUGGUCAAGAAAAAAACGGAGCGGAUUGUGAAAAGGUAGAAGCUAGGCGAGGAGAGCCCAGUGCGGGGGUAUCUGGAGGUUUGAAGGGCGCCCGGAGAAACCGACCCGAGAAGUAAGCAGCGAGAGAGGGGAAAGGAGGAGGCGAGGAGGGCUGCUGCUUUUGGGGGGGUUGCUUGGCAGCUGCCCCGGGAGUAUGCGAGAGGAGUGUCCUUUGCUAUGCUGAGAAGGCAAGAGCUGCUGAUGUGCGGCAAGGGGGUCCGCUGCUGGGAUCCCCCCCAGGCCGGGAGAGGCGAAGAGGUGCCGGAAGGGGCGUUCUCCCGCUUGCAGCCGCUGAAGGAGAGGGGGCAGCCGCGGAGGGUCUUCGGCCGCGGCAGGCCCAGCUGGCACCACCGGAGGCGGGGCAGGAACCCCAGUUCCUCGAGGGCGCACGGACGCCAGCACUAUUACCAGCAGCAGCAGCAGCAAGCCAAGGUUUGGCCCCGCUGCUACCGGCCCACGCGGCCGCGGGUGCUGCUGUCUCUGCGCCCGGUCAACAUGAUGGGCAAGCGGGCGCCGGGCAUGCGGGCGCCGCGCAACACCAACCAGUUCCUGAUGCGCGAGAAGUACCAGCUCAUGCACCUCCGCUCGGACUCGGUGGGCACCGAGAGCGGCGGCUCGGACUGCGAGAUGGACCCGCUCGACAUGGACUCGUACCUGGGCGUGCUGGAGAACGCGCGCGGGGCGCUCAUGGACUGCCCGAGCGCCGACGGGUCGCCCUCCCCCGCCCGGGCCCCGACGACAGCGGCGCUGCUGCCGCCCCCCGACGACGGCUGCCUCCCGCCGCAGGCGCCCGGGCUGCGCUUCUCCGGAGGAUCCCUGGAGGGCGCGCUGCAAGAGGAGAGCUUGCAGUACUUCCCCUCCGAGGACGAUGUCAUCGAAAGCGAGAUCUUCAUGGAAAGAGACUUUCACGAGUUUUGUAGCAGCAUCGCCUGACCUGCCUGGGCUUUUCUUUUCUUUCUGUGGCUGGGCUGAAUGUCAUCUCGUUACGUUCUCUUUUUCACCGCCGUUUGUCCGAGUGGAUCUCGGGAGCCACACCGCCUGGGUAGCUGGGGUGGGUUGUGGUGGUAUGAAUGUAUGCUUCAGUGUAUUGAAAACUCCCCAAUCUCUUGACUGUCCCCCCCAAAUGGACCAAUGGUCAAGUCACAACUUACCACAAAGGUGUGUGGAUAAACUUGCUAUGGUGGCAACCUGUGAAGAUAGUAGGUGUUAUGUACUGAAGUUCUCACCCUGGGCCACAACUUAACAGUAGGAUUUGUUGAAUUUGUGUCUCACACUUGCCUCUGAUGUAUGUGGGCAAAUAGCCAUCUCUGUCCCCUGCGUGGUGAUACUCCGGUCUGUCAUAGAUCCUAUGGGAUCCUUUUUAUUUCCUGCCCAAGGAAACUGCAGCAACUCUGGUCAAUGGUUUUAACCAGACCCUUUGGACACACCAUUAUUAUUAAAGAUUAUCACUGGGAGAGGCAGGGUUAGCCCCCCCCCCCCCCAGGAGGCAAGGUGAGGCAAUUCCCCCAAGCAGCAGCACCCACAGGGGCAGCAGAGGAGGGAAAAUUUAGAUUUUGACUGGGGGUGGGGAGGGGGAAGGAAGCACUCUGGCUGAAUUUGUCAUUUUUAUGGAAUAUGCUCAGAGAAGCUGCUCAGAUGCAAAGAACAAAAUUUAUGCGGUCAAAAGAGAUUACAGCGUUUAUGUAAGACUCAUUGUGUAUUUUUUUAUGAUGGCAUAAUCAGGAAGAAUGCAGCUACAUCCCACAUGCCUUCAACUCCCAGUUAAUUUGGGGGAUGGAUGGAGAAGGGAGUUAAAAGAGAAAGACGCUCUGUAUUGGGGCAUUUAAAAAACCAAAACAAAACACUUCCCUGCUACCCCUUUGCGUUUUUGUCAAAUGGGGCCAGGCCAAUUGAUAUGCAAAAUUCUAUGAUUAUGACUGUAAAUAAAGUACACUUUUUAUAAUAAAAGGAAAUGAGAUGUGACUUCUUGUGGGUCUUUUCCACCUCUUUCUCUGUGGGAGGUGGGAAGAUGCAAUAGGAGAGGGGAAGACCAAGCCAGUGUUGUGGAAGGAGGGAAGGGGAUCUGCAAGCCUGACAGUGCUCAUUCUGUGAAACAGGCAGUUCCAAAAUUAGGUAAACUCAUUUUUCUGCUGUUCUGUGCUGAAUACUGGGCAGAUCUUUAACUAAGAGACACUGGGCUGUCAUAGUAGGAGGGAAGUAGCACAAGUGCCCACUCCACCAUUAAAAAUAAAAAAAGUGGCAAAGAGGUACAUAGACCAGCUUGACUGCCUGCCUCUUAGAAGCUAAACAUUACAACAGGAGACACCCAAAGUGUGGUUUGCAUGUUGGUGGCACAGUGUGAGGAAAGGAAUACAAGUAAGCCAGCAUUACGUCUGACACAACAAGGCAGUAGGCAAGAGUGAGGAACAAAGGUGGUGGGAGGGAUUUGAGAGCCUGCAGAUAAUAAAGGAACAGCCACCUUUACGAAAGUGCACAUCAUAUCCCACAGCGAAUAUCCUCUACUGGAGAAGAAGCAAUACAAUUCAAAAUUGUAUUUCAAAAUUGAAAUACAGUGGUACCUCGGGUUACAUAUGCUUCAGGUUACAGACGCUUCAGGUUACAGACUCCGCUAACCCAGAAAUAGUACCUCGGGUUAAGAACUUUGCUUCAGGAUGAGAACAGAAAUCGUGCUCCGGCAGCAGCGGGAGGCCCCAUUAGCUAAAGUGGUGCUUCAGGUUAAGAACAGUUUCAGGUUGAGAACGAACCUACAGAACGAAUUAAGUUCUUAACCCAAGGUACCACUGUAUUCUCAUUCAGCCAUUUUUCCCCACCAUGAACACUGUUGAUAAAAUGGAGGGACGAAAAUUACCUGGCACUCCAAGAUCCAGCUUUGAACACUAGAGGGAGAAACAAGAUCUCUCAGCUCAACUUCUGUAGCAGUUUGCUCAUAUGAUCAGCAAGGAAGCAUGUACUAGGGAACACUUGGACGUGCUGCAGAGAGGAAUAAAUAGAUCACAGACAUCCAGUUCCUACAAGCCAGUUCCCACCCUUCCAAGUUGUAGCAGCUUGCUUGCACAGAGAAGAGGUGUCAGAUUUUGAGAAACCUCUUGUUGUUUUUUUAGUGUGCUUUCAAAUACUACUUGUUUGUUGCAGGAAAAAAAUAAUUUUCCAAUAAAAUGUAUGGUUACUUG